AUUCCUUCUCCAUGGUUUGGGGCUUUCGGGCGUCCGCAUUACAUUCGUCUCACUUCAUACUCGAUACAGAUCCGUUUUGAUUUCGCAUUCCACCGCCGAGCAGAUCGAAACCCUCCGGCAGCGCCACCCUCCUUCUUCGUCUCCUCCUGACCGAUCCACCACCAGCUCGCGUCGCAGCGGAACCCGGCUCUUGGCCGCAACCGGCAAAUCCCCAAUCUCCCAUCCCUUUCUAUACUCCCCUCGCCCUUUUCCCCGACGGCGGACGGCCUUCCCCACUCCCUCUGUCACAAUAUCCGGCCUCCCUUUCUCUACUUCUCCAUCUCGGUCUCUUCUCCCGGUUCCAGUUUCAGAUCGUCGCGCAGCCCCGGUCUCAGGUUCCGGCACGAGGCCGCGAUCUUCUUUAUUUUACCAUCCGGCGGCUGCAGCCCUUCCCUUCCCGUGGAACACUAUCCUCGCAGUUCGGUUCCUGCGAGAAUCGGCGACUCCACGAGGGAUAUAGCUGAUGAUGUAUGAGGCAACAACUGCAUAUGAUUUGAUGUUCAGCACUAUGUAGUGACAAAUACUAUAGGCUGGCUCAGCAUAAGUUAACUAGACCUGCAUUCUCUACCUACACAACCCAAUAAGUAUCUUUUGUCAGAUGUCCCUCUUUACCAGGUUCUUUUACAAAAGACCACCUGAUGGUUUGCUAGAAUUUGUGGACAGAGUUUUUGUUUUUGAUUCGUGCUUCUCAACUGAAGUUGUAGCUGAUGGAUUAUACAACAUCUAUUUCCAUGAAAUUAUCACUGAACUACAUGAAGAGUAUGCUGAUUCUUCCUUUCUUGCAUUCAACUUUAGGGAGGGAGAAAAAAGAAGUCAAUUUGCAGAAAUUUUAUGUCAAUACAAUGUUACUGUAAUUGAUUAUCCACGCCAUUUUGAAGGCUGUCCGCUUCUUCCUUUAUCUCUUGUUCAUCACUUCCUUCGAGUCUGUGAUUAUUGGCUUUCUCUUGGGGAUAAUCAGAAUAUCAUACUGCUACACUGUGAAAGAGGGGGCUGGCCGUUGUUAGCAUUUCUUUUAGCUUGUUUUUUGACUUAUAGAAAAUUGUAUAGUGGCGAACAGAGAACCCUAGAUCUUGUACAUAAGGAGGCUCCUAAAGGUCUUUUGCAGCUUUUAUCACCAUUGAACCCAUUACCAUCUCAGCUACGAUACCUGCAGUAUGUUGCUAGAAGGAAUAUCACUCCACAAUGGCCCCCUGGGGAACGGGCUCUUUCUUUAGACUGCCUUAUUCUUCGAGGUGUUCCAAGCUUUGACUUGGACAGUGGUUGCAGACCGCUAAUCCGAAUUUUUGGACGAAAUAUCCAUAAAAGUGAUGGCCUUUCUGUUGGCACACUGUACACAAUGUCCAAGAAGAAACCUUUACGGUGCUACCAACAGGACGAGUGUGAUGUAAUAAAAAUUGAUAUCCAAUGCCUAGUUCAGGGAGAUGUUGUUUUGGAAUGUGCCCAUCUUGAUUUAGAUCCAGAGAGGGAAGUAAUGAUGUUCCGUAUAAUGUUCAACACUGCUUUCAUCCGAUCUAACAUACUCAUGCUGAACUAUGAUGAUGUCGAUACACUAUGGGAUACCAAAGACCAGUUUCCAAAAGGCUUUCGAGCAGAGGUGCUGUUUGGUGAUUCCAGUAACAUCACUCCUCCUAGAGCUCCAACUGUGAUUUUUAAUGGAGAAGUAAAAGGCGGAUUGCCCAUAGAGGCUUUUGCGAAGGUACAAGAACUUUUCAACAGCGUUGAGUUGCUUGAAAGAAGUGAUGAUGAUGCAUUCUGGCUGCUUAAACAAAUAUCAACCAAUGCAUUGCAAGAAAAACUUGAAAAUCUGAUUUUAACAGAUGCUAAGGAGGUUUCAAAUAUUCAAAGUAAAGUGGAUUUACAGAUGUCUCUAAUGUCAAUGUCGGAAUCUGAUGAGGAAAAAGAUUCUGUAACUUCUGAUUCUGUUGCUUCAGUGGACAAUGAAAAGGUUCAGCAUGUUUCAAGCACCAUGAUAGACAUGGAAAAAACAUUUGACGUUUCCAAAGAUUCUCAACUUAAAGAUUCCCAGCAGUCCACUUCCAGAAUUGCUGAUCUUGGCACAGGCCUCCAAAUGACACUUGUACCACUGUCAGUUUCUCCACCUUGUGAAAGGAAUUUUGAGUUUAUAGAAUCAGAAAGACCAAAUUCUAUUCCUGAAUCUGUCCCACUAACUCCAUCUUCACCUCCAUCCAUUACAUUUUCUAGUAAAGAUUCCCUGCUACCAUUGUUACCUCCUCUUUCUUCCUCCAUGGUUAAUACAAUUCCACUACCACCACAACUUCCUCCCCCUCUCCUGCAAAGUAAAUGUCUCAAUCCAAAGCAGUCAUCGUCUUUGCCUCCACCUUUGUCACAACCGCCGCCACCGCCGCCACCACCUCCUCCGCUGCCUACUCAAACUGCACGUCUCAAUUUUGCUCCAGUUUCUCCCUCUCCCCCUGCUUUCACAUCUAAUAAAGAUGUUCAGCGGACUCCUCCUCCUCCUCCUCCUCCUCAUACCCAAAAUAAAUACCUCAACCCAACACCUCCACUGCCAUCAUCAUCAUCAUCACCACUGUCUCCUUCCCCUUUGUCUACAUUCACAUUCAAUAAAGAUCUUCAACGGCCUCCUCCUCCCCCUCCUCCUUUGCCUACGUUCACAUCUAAUAAAGAUUUUCAACAAAUUCCUCCUCCGUCAAUGUCAUCUAAUAAAGGUUCUUUAUCUAUAUCACCUGCUAAUUCUCCUCAACCACCACCACCACCACCGCCGCCGCCGCCGCCACCGCCGCCGCCUCCUACUAUUAAAUUGAACAAGGGUCCUUGCCCUCCUCCUCCUCCUCCUCCUCCUCCUCCAAUCGUAUCUACUAGAACCCCAAUGCCUUCCCCUCCUCAAAAUGGAAAAAGAAAUAUUCCACCCCCACCAGCUCCUCCUCCAAUUUCCAGUGGCAAAGUUGCGCCUCCCCCACCACCUCCAGCGCCAAAGCCUCCUGGAGUUGUGCCCCCUCCGCCACCCUUGCAAGGUGGGAUUCGUGGGAUGCCAGGUCCACCACCGCCUCCUGGACUGAAGGAUUUAAAUAUGCUAGCACCACCUGCUUCAUCUGUAGGCAGAGGGAGACUAACUGCUCCUAGUUUUGGAAAAGGUCGUGGAUCUUCACAGUCAAUUCCACCAAAGAAAACUCCAUUAAAGCCAUUGCACUGGGUGAAGGUUACACGAGCAACACAAGGAAGUCUUUGGGCUGAUUCUCAGAAGCAUGAAAGUCAAACCAGGGCACCUGAGAUAGAUCUAUCUGAACUAGAAAGUCUCUUUUCAGCAACAGUUGCUACUGAUGAACGUCAAUGGGAUAGAACUGGAGCACGACGUGGGUCUGGCACAAAUAAGUUUGAGAUUGUUCAUAUGAUCGACAUGCGCAGAGCAAAUAAUUGUGAGAUUAUGCUUACAAAAGUCAAGAUGCCUCUUCCUGAUAUGAUUAGUGCAGUUUUAGCUUUGAAUUCCUCAGUUUUGGACAUUGAUCAAGUGGAAAAUCUGAUCAAGUUUUGUCCUACAAAAGAAGAGAUGGAGAUGCUAAAGAAUUAUACAGGCAACAAAGAAAUGCUGGGGCCAUGUGAACAGUUUUUUAUGGAGCUAAUGAAGGUUCCCCGAGUAGAAUCCAAAUUAAGGGUUUUCUCAUUUACAAUUACAUUUUCCACUCAGGUAAAUGAGUUGCGGGCAAAUUUGAAAACAAUCAAUGAUGCAACUAACGAGGUGAAAGAGUCUUCCAAGUUGCGCCAAAUAAUGCAGGCUAUUCUUACAUUGGGUAAUGCCUUGAAUCAAGGCACUGCUCGAGGUUCUGCUGUUGGAUUUAGGAUAGACAGUCUCCUUAAAUUGUCAGAUACUCGAGCAAGAAACAACAAAAUGACGUUGAUGCACUAUCUAUGCAAGCUCCUUGCAGAGAAAAUGCCAGAGUUGCUUGAUUUUGAUAAAGACUUAAUUCAUUUGGAAGCAGCCUCCAAGAUUCAGUUGAAGAUAGUAGCUGAAGAGAUGCAAGCUGUCAGUAAGGGCCUUGACAAGGUUGAACAGGAGCUCACUGCCUCUGGAAAUGAUGGUGAUAUAUCCAUGGGCUUCAGAAUGGCCUUGAAAAAUUUCCUUGAUGCUGCUGAAGCUGAUGUAAGGUUCCUUACAUCAUUAUAUUCCGAGGUGGGAAGAAACGCAGACUCUUUGUCUCAAUAUUUUGGAGAAGAUCCAGCCCGUUGUCCAUUUGAGCAAGUCACAUCAAUUUUAGUAGUCUUUGUAAAUAUGUUCAAGAAAUCGCGUGAAGAAAAUGGACGAAAUGCUGUAGCUGAAAAAAAGAAAAUGGAAAAGGAGGCAUUGAAAGAAAAAUCAAACGCUUCUGCUAAAAAACACCGAGAUUUUACUUGAAAGUUUUAGUGCCUUGAGCCAGAAAAAUUGAUAUGCUCACUCAGAACCACUACAAUUUAAGUCAGCCAAUUAAAUGUUGGCAUGAGAUUAUGAUUAUGGUCUUUUGAGGUCUCUAUACUACAUGGAGGAUUAUUAUGACAAGGCUGCCAGCUGUACGAGACUCUAAUUUAUCGAUUUUCUUACAAAACUGCAGAGUUUGGUUGCAUAAGCUGUUAAAUCCAUGGUAACUUCUUUGCUGGACUUGAGACUCUCAUCUUUGCUGAGAAACAAUUUAACUUGUGCACGUACAAUACAGUCUCCUGACUUGCAUUACACCAACUGAAUCUGCUUACAUGAGUUUGCAACUGAAGGUUCAUGCUGUCGAAGUACAAACUUGGGAUCCUUCCUUUUCUUUGUCCUCCCCUUUUUGCUACAAAAGCUUGAGAUGUAGAUCAUGCUAUGGUUGGGAUGUAUUCUUGUGAUUAGUUAUAUGGUUUAGCAACGUGUAAAGCAGUAGUGUUGUAGGUCAUAUCUCUAUUAGCAAUUGUAGGGAAACAUUUUGUUACUUAUGAGUAGACGUGGCAUUGUAUUAAUGCUCUUAAAGUGUUCAUAAGUCAUAACAACCUCAGUCCUUUACAGAAUCUGAAAAUGGAAGCUGCAUAUCAUGUUCAUCAGUUUGUUAGCAAGUCGGUGAAUGCAUCUUAUUCUCAAUUUCCUCCAUUGGAUUGUUGUUUUAGUAAAUCACCAAAACCAUCUGUACAAGAACUGAAUUCAGAGUUUCAGACGUCUUGAAUGACAUACACGACAUGCCAUUAUUGGAAACGUGCAAGGGGAGCUCAACAGAUGCAAGAAUGGCUCCAACAUCAGUUCUUAUCAUCAUACAAAGUGUUGCUAUUUGUUGAGCCAACAUGAGUCGCCCACACGAUGCGCCUCGCACAUUCUUUCCCUUAGGAAAUCCUUUCAGGACUAUCUUCCCCAAGGGAUCUCAUCAAUCACUGAAGAUUCAUGCAUUGCUGUUUUCUUUUGAGCAAGAUCUGACAGAAAAAUUUACAAAACUGAUGCCUGAGGAUGUCUCAGAUGUCCUUACCUUAUCUUGGAUGAGGUUUGCGAUUCAGCUCCUAUCAGAUGCUCAUAAUGGCCUGAGGACUUUUAUUAACGAGCUUCAAUUGCCUGUUUCCCAGUGGGAUGAGAAAUGGAUUGAUGUAUACUUGGAUGGCAGCGCGAAGUUGCUUGACAUCUGCAUAGCACUAUCCUCUGGGUUAUCUCGUUUGGGUCAGGGCCAGCUUUUGCUGCAGUAUGUGCUGCAUCUUGUGGACAUGUCAACUGCUGCUCCACCAGCCCAAAAGCCUGUACAAGCCCGAUCAUAUCUUCAGGAAUGGAUUGAACUAAUCGACUCUAAAAGCCCUAAACUGGGCACUUGUCCUUCGAUCAUCAAGCGCCUUCAAGGAACUCUUGACCUCCCAAAGGUCAAGAGUUCCAAAGGGAAGGCAUUGAUGAGAGCCUUAUACGGAGUUAAAGUCAUGACAUUAUUUGUCUGUAAUCUUUUUACAACAACACUGUCAGGUAGCCCAAAAGUAUUUCCAGAUCUAAACGUUUCCGAAGAGUUCGUUUGGUAUGAUGCUUUUAGUCACUUGCAAGCUGCUGUGACAGAGGAAAUAAAGAGACUCUGUGAUACUGGCACGGUUUCAUUAUUCAAAGAGUUCGAGUCAGUUAAAGUUUGUGCUUUGAGGCUACAAGAUAUGAUUAGCAGCAUCAGUUGCAACGGAGAACCAGUGCAAGAGGAAGAAAUUGUACCUGGGAAGAGUUCCGACUUCGGAAGACAAAGGUUGCGAGAUUCUGUUACCAAUUUAGCGGACGGUGUACAGACACUCGGGCAUGAGCUAGAUUCUCUGUCGAAACAGACAAAUGAUUUUUUCCAGCUUAUUUUGGCAGGACGAGAUGCUUUGCUUUGUAAUCUCAGAGUGCAUCUUCUAACACCAGAAAAUUCUUCACUGAGGCAAGGAUUUGAUUGGUGAGUUUGCCCCAUGAAAAACUUGGUGUCUUGUUGGAUGUGGGAUUUGAAAGUCUCUCACUGUCCAUGAUAAGCUAAUUUGAGAGACCAUGCAACAUAUGUAUUUUAUGUAUUCUGUAAAGUGUAUUGGGUACUUUUGAACAAGUUUUAUAUUGCGUGAUUUA